AUGCCUUCUAUAAUUAAUUCAAUAAAAGUAACGAUCUAUUAUUUAAUAUUAGCAAUUAGUGCAUUUUUUGGUCUUGUUUUUGUUCAAACACCCGCUGUACCAUUUAUAUUUUUAAAUCGACGUCUUUAUUUUCGUUGGUGUUCAGCAGCAAUGGGUUAUUAUCUUUUAAUGGCAACUUUUCUUCUUGAAGACUUACUUGGCAUAAAGAUUGUUAUUACCGGUGAUGAUUUAACCAAUGAUGGAAAACGUUCAUUAAUUAUAUUAAAUCAUCGUACAAGACUUGAUUGGAUGUUUAUCUGGAUGUUACAUAGUCGUUUUAAAAUUUUAAAACAACUUAAAAUUGUUCUUAAAGCUGACCUUAAACGUAUCCCUGGCCCUGGAUGGGCUAUGCAACAUGCUGGUUUUCUAUUCAUUGAUCGUAUAUGGGAAAAAGAUCAACAAACAAUAAAAAAUCUUAGUGGAUAUUAUAAAUCAUGUCAAUCACCACUUUCCAUAUUAAUUUUUCCUGAAGGAACAAAUUUAACCGAUGAAACUAAAAUAAAAAGUAAUGAUUAUGCAGCCAAACAAACAACUUUUAAUCAAUCUUAUGAUUAUUGUCUUCAUCCACGUUUAAAUGGAUUUACAUUUUUACUAAAUACAAUGCGAUCAGAUGAAAUUCUCGAUACAAUUGAUGAUGUUACUAUUGGUUAUGAAGGACUUAUUCCAGAAGCAGAAAUUGAUUUAUUAAAAGGUCAUAUACCAAAAUCAGUUCAUUUUCAUGUUAAACGUUAUAAUAUAAAUGAUUUACCUAAGACAGAUGAAGAAAUUGGUGAAUGGCUUCAAAAUCGUUGGAAUGAAAAAGAAAAUCGUUUAAAAGAGUUUUACAUUAAAAAGCAAUUUGAUGUCCAAUCAAAGCAUUUCAAUAAUCAAAAUAUUGAGUCAAAUAUAUGUUUUAAACGUCGUUUAGCAUUUAUAUUAUGGUCUCUAUUUAUACUAUUUUGGUCUUAUUGUAUUUUCGCAUAUAUUAAAAUAAAAUUUUAUGUUUUGUUAGUAUGUAUAUUUCAUUCAAUAAUGGAUUCAUUUGCCAAUGGUUUAAUUGAUUUUGUUUGUCAACUUGAUGUUAAUUAUCGACAAAAUGAAUUAAAACGAACAAGACAAGCAAUCAAACAAGAUUAG